CUUGCUUUUCUUCCUUGUGGUUUCUGAUCUCCAUUUUGCUCUUCUCAACAAACUCACAUUGCAUCCGCACUUUUUUUCUCUUCAACUACAAGAACUUUCCUCAAUGCCAAUUGGAAAAUUAUCUAGCACAUCAUUUUUACUGUAUUUAAGUAAACAAAGUUCAUGCCUGGCCGAAACGAACUGAAUUAUCAUCGGUUACUCUUCUAGUUUUUGAGAUCAGCAGAUCCAUCUUCUAUUGGUGUGUUAAUCAUACUUAGUUGUUUUGGCGUCUGUUUUUUCCUCCAGCGAGAAAAUACAAGAAAAGGAAAAAUGGCGACUAUCUACCUCAUUGCCAACCCGCAGUUGCUGCUGCACCCAGACAAGCUGCUUUCCCCAGACCCGGAUCACAGAAAAAACAUCGACAGGAUAUCAGCUUUCUUAGGCAACGCGGAAGGACGAGAUAAGAUAGGUAAAUGUAAAUCUCCUAGAUGUUCCCUAAUUCUAGGUGUCGGUCAACGUCAACGUAUCACAACUUCAGUCACGCACGUGUUCUCCGUUGCCUGCUAGAUGAUACACGAUGUCAGACAAUCAUCAUCACGUUCAUCAUAAAUAUGAUAGAUUGUCUCUUACUGAAAUAAUUUCUUCCCAUACGAUCAGGCAAACUGGUGCAAUUUUUCGCGCGAUUUUUGGAGGGUUUCUUGCAGGAAGGAGGCGGAAGUGUGCUCCUCGGCGGCGAAGAGGGGGCAAAGCCAUAUUGUCAACAGCUGAAUAAGCUGUGGAACGGGCUUCAAGCUGCACGAUGCUGGAGUUGGAUGGGCAAGAGCAUCAUCGAAUGGAGAACAUUAUGUUUAAACAUCGCACCUUAAUGCGUGUACCACUUAGAUGAUUCGAGAAGGACACAGGUAGAAGUACAGCUGUCAUCCUAUUGUCAUCAAAUUUUAGGUAGUUGUUGAUGUCCCUUUCAUACGAUGACAUCCAGACGUACGAGAGCAAGACCAUGGCUCAGGAGGUGAAGAUGUUGCACAUGACAGCACGAUUUUUCUUUGCGGCGCGCUGGUUUUUCGAGAAUUUCAUGAUCUUGGUGAAGGAGAAAGCGUUGAUGCCUCGCGCGCAAGGCGGUCUGCUGCCGUUGCCAGACGCCGCAACGCUCAACAAAGUUGCCAAACGCUUCUGGUUGGCGGCGAUUGUGACCGCCAUCUGUACAGAGAUGGCGAAGCUGCGUCUCAUGAAGCAGAAGUACGACGCGCUGACGGACGAUCGACGCGCUGUGGCCACAGCGAAAGGUCGGAGCAAGCAGGAUCAGGUGGAAGCAGAGAAAGUCUACCAGGAUGAACUGACCCAGCUGCGAACAGACGCGAUGCAGAGACUGCGAACCUUAAGGCUACAUCACAGUUUCGUCUUCACGAAUCAUAAUAAUCCUUUGAUGCGUCCUUUUUAAACAGAAAAAGGGUACCAACUACUCACCUAUGUAUCUAUACUUAUACAUUCUGUCUUCAAGGAUGCAGAUACUGUAAAAACUCUAAGAACCAUCGUCACAAAUGCAACGGAUUCGCCAGCAUCGAUUUCGGUUGGACUCGGCAUUCCGAUGUCGCACAUGACGGUUGGCGGACUGAUGACGAUCGCUUCCUUUUUGCAAUGUCAGAAUCUCUACCCGAAAUAG